UGCAACCGAACGAAGAAGCGAAGAGAAACAAAAGAACAGAAAAAGAAUUCACUGGUCGUGGUCCUCAGUGUCAGUUCUUGUUAGUGCAACUACGUUCUGUCUGGGGUGCUGGCAGGUUCGUCGUUUGAAAUGGAAAGAGAAUCUUAUCAGUGAUUUGCAUAAUCGUUUGAAACAGAAGGCAAUAGACUUUCCAGAGGACAAGUCUGAGUUGUGCCUCAAGUUGUUUGUCGAAACUUCAUGUCAAAACACAUCAUUUUUCAGGAAAAAAAUUUUGGUCAACCGUGGAUGGAUAUCGGAUUCUCAGUUAGAUCCAAAAGACCGAUUAAAAAGCAAUAUGAAUGGGGAAUUGGUUUUUGAAGGUCGCGUUGCUCCUACUGAAAAGGUGCUUGAUUUUAUAUACAGCAGUUAA